CUUUCAGGGUUGCCAACUGUCCAACAUUAUAGUAGUUACACGAUACAAACAUGUCCGCCUUAGGCACCGGAGUCUCGUCGUUGUCAAAAUACGUUUGGAAAGCUCCCGAGCUCGCAGGAUUUGGCUUUCAACAAGUUCGUAACAAAUGGGUCGGAUGGAAAAUGAUACGUGAUGUCAAGCGGAGGAACAUGGUCAAGCAAUACGCUCCUGAAAGGCUGAGGAUCAAUUCUAUCAGGAAAAAUACAAUACUACCUGUGGAACUGAGGGAAAUUGCGGAUCAAGAAAUCGCGGCGUUCCCGCGUGAUUCCUGCUUCACAAAGGUUCACAAUCGAUGCGUCGUUACUUCAAGAGCAAGAAGUGUUAUCCCGCGGUGGAGAGUUUCUCGCAUAAUCUUUCGUGACCUUGCAGAUCACAACCAGCUGUCUGGCGUUCAACGUGCCAUGUGGUAGAUUUAUAUAUCUGUAACGGUUUCUGCAACUUGUAGAUAAAAUUUCGAUAAAAAUAGAAUAAUUCUAGGAUAACUCCUAUUUU